CGCUGGAUAACCAAUCGGCGACGGGGGAAGGCGGUUAGUGCCCUCCAGGACCCCACGUGAUCCUCCUCAGUAGUUCCCAGGCGGCGCACGGGUGAGCUUGAGACUAUGAAUCAGCGGGUCGGUUUGUUUGUUCUCCUGGCGGCGGGCCUCCUCUGCCUCAGUUUAGGCCCCGUCUCUCGGGCUGACGAUCUGGUCGAAGACGGUCUGGAUGGCGACGAUGCCGACGUGGAGGACGAAAUGGACCUGAGCUUGGCUGAGGACGAGGAUCUGGAGGACGACGUGCAAGAUGAAGCUCCACCUGCUCCUAAAACCCCUCCCAGUCCACAGGUGACCUACAAAGCUCCUGAGCCGAAGGGGGAACACUUCAUUGCAGAGUCUUUUGAUAAGGGGACACUGGAUGGGUGGAUUCUGUCCAACGCCAAGAAGGAUGACGCAGACGAAGAAAUCGCAAAGUACGACGGUAAAUGGGCUGUGGAGGAGAUGAAGGACAGUAAGCUGCCUGGCGACAAAGGUCUGGUCCUGAAGUCUCGAGCCAAACAUCAUGCCAUCUCAGCCCACCUGCUGCGACCUUUCACCUUUGAAACCAUGCCCCUUGUCAUCCAGUAUGAGGUGAACUUCCAGUCGGGUAUCGACUGCGGUGGCGCCUACGUAAAGCUGCUGACUGAGACGCCCGACCUCGACCUGGACCAGUUUGUGGAUAAAACUCCGUACACUAUCAUGUUUGGACCCGACAAAUGUGGAGAAGACUACAAGCUGCACUUCAUCUUCAGGCACAAAAACCCCAAAACCGGAGAGUACGAAGAGAAACACGCUAAGAAACCCGACGCCGACCUGAGGACAUACUUCACCGACAAGAAGACUCACCUGUACACGCUGGUGGUGAACUCUGACAACAGCUUUGAGGUGUUGGUGGAUCAGACGGUCGUGAACAGCGGCAACCUGCUGACGGACAUGACCCCCGCUGUGAACCCCACCGCUGAGAUCGAGGACCCUGAUGACCACAAACCUGAGGACUGGGAUGAGAGGGCCAAGAUCCAGGACCCGGACUCCGUCAAACCCGAGGACUGGGAUGAAGACGCUCCGGCUCAGAUUCCAGAUGAAUCUGCAGUGAAACCCGACGGCUGGCUGGACGAUGAGCCCGAGUAUAUCGGAGACCCUGACGCCAUCAAACCUGAAGACUGGGAUGAGGACAUGGAUGGAGAGUGGGAGGCCCCUCAGAUCCCUAACCCCGCCUGUGAGACCGCCCCCGGCUGCGGCACCUGGAAACGGCCAAUGAUUGACAACCCCAACUACAAGGGCAAAUGGAAGCCCCCCAUGAUUGAUAACCCCAACUAUCAGGGCGUCUGGAAGCCGAGGAAGAUCCCCAACCCGGCGUACUUUGAGGACCUUCACCCCUACAAGAUGUCACCGUUCAGCGCCCUGGGGCUUGAACUCUGGUCCAUGACCCCUGACAUCUUCUUUGACAACUUCUUCAUCACCAAUGACCGCAACGCUGCCGAACGCUGGGCAUCUGAUAGCUGGGGGCUGAAGAAGGCAGCAGAGGGCGCCGCUGAGCCUGGGCUGGCAGCUCAGAUGCUAAGUGCUGCAGAGGAGCGUCCGUGGCUCUGGGUCGUCUACGUGCUCACCGUGGCUCUGCCGCUCAUCCUUAUCUUUGUCUUCUGCUGCACUGGAAAGAAGAAGAGUUCGGCGUCGCCGGCAGAGUACAAGAAGACCGACGAACCUCAGCCUGAUGUGAAGGAGGAGGAGGAGGAAGAGGAGGAGGAAGCCGAGGAGGCUCCGAAGGCUGAGAAGAGCAGCCCAGACACAGAAAAGAGUGAAGAUGAAGAACCUGCAGAGGAAGAGGAGGAUGAAGAAAAAGAGAACACAGCUGAUGAGAAGCUCGAGGACGAUGUUCUGCGGAGAUCUCCAAGGAGCAGGAAGCCCAGGAAGGAGUGAAAUCUGACUGCAGCCCUGACCUCAACAGCUCACCCCCUUCAUCCCCACUCCCCUUCCUCCUCCUCCUCAUUCUUCUUCCCGUCCACUCUGAGGCGAUGAGGCCUGAAUGGAACCAGUGGAAGCAGCAACGGGAAACUAAUCAAGACCUCCAACAUGGACACCUGAUGAUGAUGAUGAUGAUAAUAAUGAUUAUGUGUAUGAACAGUACCGAGUUAGAUUCAAAGGAUUUUUGUUUUUCAAAGAGAUUUACUAAAACUUGCUGCGUCAUUCCUUCACAACACCUGAACACUCGAACCUGCAGGACCAACAUCCUGUCCACCGCCAUUGCCACCCUCAGAGCCCGCUUGACGCUGUUUUUGUUGAGCUUCCAGCAGUCUCUAGCCUUCCAGCAGCCAAAACAUAAGUCAGGUCAAACAGUCUCCAGGUAACCAGGGUGUUAAACAGCCAAUGAGAACACUCUAAAUCGGUCCCUGGACGGGCUUAGCCCAGCAUCACCCUGCUUGAGCCACCGUGAUCCUGCUGCCUUGUGUCGUGGCAGUCUGGGUGAAAGCACCUGCUGACACGACACCAACAGUCAGGAUGACUUUAAAAUCUUUUGACCAACCGGAAGUCUUCCUCAUUCCUUAAAGAGCUUAUAAACAGUUGGCUAAUCCAAUAUGUCGUCAUCUAGCUAACACAAUGUAACUUGCUAGCUAGACUAACCGUUACCAACAGUCAGUGAGUAAGCAUCGAAAAAGCCCAAUUAGCUUACCAACAUGCUGCUAAUUAGCUUUGGGAUCAGCUUGCCAUCAUUGCUCGGGUUUUGUUUUUAAAUUUGAUCCACCAGGCUGCUAAUGAAUGCUACAAGAAACUUAGCAACCGUACCCGUGUUAGCAAACUUAUAAGCUAACAGCUUGUUUAUUACAGUAAAUCAGCCUGUUGGUGGUUAUCCUACUAACAACCACAGUUUCCUGCUGGCUAAUCGGUCGAGCUGGGGAUGUUAUUCAGAAACUACUAGGCUGUUUCUUCACCCUCCUCAAACCUGGUGUUAGCUAGGUGCUAGUAAAGCUAGUGAACUGUGUGGCGCUAUAACACAGUCAGCCCACCAAUGCUUACAGCAGCUAGCUGCUAACAGCUUGUGGAGUUCAUUGAUUAGCUAUCAGUCAUGCUAACGUCUGAAAUAAUAAACUGGUAACACCUUUUCUUCCAUUUUUCGUCUUUGUUUUUCUUAUGUAAAUGUUAGCAUAUGUUAGCUCGUCUAAUUUUUUUUUUUUUUAAAGGUCAAAGGUCACGUACGUGCAACAGUCAGCUGAUCUCGGGUAUGAUCGUUGUGUGAAUGAAGGUUCAGCUCAUACACACACAAAAAAUCUUUAAAAUUAAGUUGUUUUUUUUGUUUGUUUUUUUGUUAUAACAGUGGCGCUCUCUGAACAUUUGGACAACACAAAAACACUACCACAAUGAGGUACUUAACACCUCAGCUGUCCACCUGUAGAGUCAACCCGCCUGGUGGUCGUUUUCAGGGUGUGGAGCAUAGGCGUGGCUCAAAGGUCAGGUGGUGUGAGUAAGUGGAUCUUGUGAGCUGAAGCAGUUGCCAUGUGUGAACACAGGUGGGGCCAAAUUCAGAACCAAUACCCCUGGAAGAUAAUCACGUGACCUCAGCAUCAGGCUGGGAAAAUGCCUGGUGGCCGUCCAACCAACAGUUUUAAGUCCUGCCGUGUAGCGCAAAAAAGUUAUUUAUUCAUAGAGUGAGACUUAUUUUUCAUCUGUCUGCGAUAACUUACCAAAAAACAACCAUCGUUCUUAAACUGGUAAAACCAGUGAUCAGCAUAUAGACUGGUCGUGUAACGCGCUGUUACAGUGUCCCGUCUGCAGCCCUCUGGUGGGCCACAAAAUCAAUAAAUUUAAAAGUUGUUUUUCAUUUUCUAACUUGAUUCUCUUUUGAGCCUGAAGUCAUCUUAUAUGAAGCAGGUGUCAGAGGUAAUGCUGUUGGUAGAAAAUCAAACUUCAUAAAGAAGGAGAAACUCCAUCUUUGGUUUGUGUGAUUAUCAGAGUUUGGGUGGAUCAAUGGGAAUCACAGAACAACCCGGAUUUAUUUUCUUACUAAUAAUGCUUCAAAUCAAAUCAUUUGCUGUAAUUUUUGACUAUUCUGAUUAUAAAUCGUUAUUGUUCAUUCAGUCAAAUCUGAAUUUUACAGACUUUAACCUUCACUCUUUUUAUAUUUUCCUUUCCACUGCCAAAAUAAAAGUGCCUGGCAGGUAACAAUGAUUUCAAAUAUCUGUGAAACUUAUUGAUGCUCUCAAACCCUUGAUCACCUGUUUAUGUGCUAAUCUUCCUGCAGGACCUUUUGUUUUUCUUUUGUUUUUUUUCCCGUCUGAGGUGAAACUGAAGCGAUCAGCAGGUGGAAAAUGAUUCCAGUGUGAAUCCUGAGCCUGAUCCUUUUUUCAGUCGGGACAGGCUGCUUGUGAUUGCCUGGUGGUUUAUGGCAAGUGUUGAAAGUUUGUGUCAGGCGACCAUCUCCUCUUCCUCGUAGGAUGAUUUUGCUGGCUCUGCUGCUUGUAGUGGCCGUGAAGAUGCUGUUGUUUAGGCACGAUGGCGUUGUUCACGGCGUUGUUGAAGCUGCCUCGCUAACAGACUGUAGACUGAACACUGUACCUGCGGGGGAGACUCUGCCUCUGUAACUCUGCUUUUUAUUUUGUUCUGUGUUUGUACUAACGGUUGGCCCGGCCGCCGUCCCCACAUCCACGCUGAGUGGACCUGCUGACAGGAAGCUCCAGCUUUCAAUGGAAAUACUGUGAUAAUGGAGCCUGCUCUGUGUUUAUGUGUGUGCGGACACGUGGUCAACACUCGAUUUGAUUAAUAAAAACAUCAAAUGGAAACAGAA